AAGCAGAUUACUUGCCUUGAUUUUGAUUUCAAAAAUAACAUGCAAAAAAUUGUAACAUGUUUAAAAUUGUAUCGCUAAUUGAUAAAGAAAAUUUUUAUGCAAAAUUACAAUAAAAUAUAUCUGAUUAGAUGGAUCCAUUAGAAUGCUUGGGAUCGUGUGAUUUACACAAAAAAUCGCGGCGAGUCAGGUCAUGGUAUAUGUACGAGCAGUAUAAAACACUCGAAAAAAAUCAAUAUAAUGCCGCGCGAAAGCUCAGAGACAAGUCGUAUCAAGAUUUGUUAUUACAUCAAGAACUACAAGAGAGACGAGCCAGGAGACGCCUGAGCGAUCAGGACAGCUUGAGUCAGAGUUACCCCCUCAUUGACAGAUUCGUAGAAAGCGCUCCCUGCGUAUCACCACUCCGGCUUAGCACUAAUGAUUUCUUUCAAAGCUCUAGCAAUUUUGAUGGAAAUAAUGAUUUCCAAGAUAUUAACCUAGAUAACUUACAGGCUACUUUCGAUUACGAAACAGAUGUGAUCACAGGAGACGUCGAUACUAAACUAAAUGAAUCGACUGAUUCCGUAAAAAAUGAUUCUGAUGUCGUAACCAAAUCCAUAGCCGAUAAUAUCAAUCAACAAUUUGAAACUGUUAAGGAGAACAUUGAAUCCUUAGAGAAAUAUACUAAGUUCUGCGAUGAAGGAAAGCUAUCGGACGAGGAGAGUUUUCUGACACCAAGUCUCUGUACUAAGAAAACGAAAUCUUUAGGAGAUCUUGAUAAAAUUAAAUUGGAAUACGAUAGUAAUACUGCAAAUUGGGUGUGGUCGAAACUAGUAGCGUUUUCGUACAAAGUCAUGCGACAACAGAGUGGUAACUUAUACUACGACUACAGUACUCAAGUUUUAACUGCAGUGUUGGCAUGCGAUAUCAUUCGUCGAAGUCUUGGUAGAUUAUGUUAUAUUUUGCAGCCUUACGUCUCUCCAAUAAAGUAUGCUAACAGUGAUUUAGAUGUCGGUUUGAAUAGUCAAAAAUGUUGUGAUCAUCUCGAUAAAAAGAGCAUUAAUUCAGAUAAGCUUUCGUCCUGUCGAAGAUUUGGUGUUUGUAACAGAUUAAGCAAUAAUUUUGGCAGCAGCAAGGCAUAUAAAGGAAUGAGUGAACCAUGGAAAAGUAUUGCCAACAGUGAGACUAAUAAAAAAAUUAUUAAAAAAUCCCGUACAGCGAAAAAGUGCGGUCGGCCGGAAAACAUAACAUGUCAAUGCCAAAGUUUGACAAGAUUAGUCAAUUCUAUGAUGCAACUGUCGCGCUGCAUUGACACAGUAUUGCAAGAUACAGAGAAAUUAUGCUUGUGAAUUAAAUAUUCGUUUGAGUUUAUAGUUUUUAUAUGCAAUUAUAAUAUAUUAUAU